AUGGCUAUCGGCAGCCAGUCGAACAUGUGCUGCGUUGAGCGGGCGACUCAUUCAACCACAAACACAACGGGAAAAUGUAUUUUGGCUGCAGUUCCGGCAACAUUGCCCACAAAAGUCCCGGUGACGAUUGGAGUGAUUCGGAGGGAUCGCGGGGUCGACCGAAUUUACGCUGAUGGCACUCCUCUUUACAGUACCUCAAUUUCUUUUCAGAAAGCGAGUACUCAGCCUCACCGUGCACCGUGCUCAAUCCAACCAAUCUUCAAUGGUAUUCCACUCCAUGCAAUGACACUCAUCCAUUUGUUUGCCAAUUCCUCGGAUCUCUCCACUAUGCUGUGUCCGACCGGAUGGAGCUGGAAUGAUUUCACACAAAAUUGCUACUAUAUACAGAACAUUGUUACCUCAAAUCAUGCUCUCUACGUGAAUCAGAGUGAUGCGGAGGCAAUCUGCGCUCAAAUGGGUGCUCAUCUUGCAUCGAUUCACACACAACGAGAAAAUAUCUGGAUUAGAAAUUUCAUCGCAACAUAUGGUGGAGUGGACUGUGGACAGGGUGGACAAGCACUCAUUGGUGCAUCGUGUAAAGACGGGAAAAAGACGUGGAGCGAUGGGACAACUUUCGACUACGAUCUCACAAAUGGAAAUUGCACUGAUGCGUAUACGGAAAAUCUUUUUCCAGCUCUUUCUGGUACUCAAACGACAGCUUUGAUUGGAGUGGUGAACAAAAAUAAUCAAUCGCGAAUCAAUGCUGAUGGUACUUUGCUGAACUAUUGGCGUUUUGCUUCUGCGGAUGAAUACUCGAAGCCCGAUGGGUGCACCGUUCUCAACUUCACCGAUUUCAAUUGGUAUUCGGCUAGUUGUGCCACAUCGAAUCCAUUCAUCUGUGCAUUCUCUGAUCAAGGAGGAGCACAAUGCUCAUCGGGUUGGACUUUCAACGAACUAACCGGGAAAUGUUACUACUUGCAGAACGUUUUGCAAAACGAUUCAAUCCCAAUGUAUACUCGAUCAACAGCCGAGACUAUGUGCCAAUCAAUGGGCGCUCAUUUGGCAUCGAUUCACUCGGAUGCUGAGGAUAUUUUUAUAAGAAAUCUUGCUGCAACAAGUCGAAAAGAUGAAAUGUGUGUGGAUUGGGGUGUCGUCAUUGGGGCGACGUGUAGUGAGACGGAAGGGAAAACUUGGACCGAUGGAUCGCCAUUCAACUACGAUCUCACCGAUGGGGAGUGUGUUGAGAGUUACACGAUCGUGAACGACGAGCACUGUCGGGGAAGUCUUCAGAAUAUUUGGGACAGCCAUGACAAUUUCAAAUACGCUCAUUUCGUUUGCAAAAGGGAUCCACAA